CUGGGUGGCAGGAAGGGAGGUGCUGGGCACCGGCCGUGAAGAGCAACCCCCCCACCCCUCGCUCAGAGCUCCCGCUGCCCGCACCCAGGCAGCGUCCCGCACAGGCCUCACGGCCCCGGCCAUGCGUCCCCCCACCGAGCCCUGGAUCCCCAGCCCGCGGACGGCGUCCUGGGACUACUCGGGGUCCGGCGACCUGGAGGAGCUGGAGCCAUGCCCGGUCCGGAACCUGCCCUACGGCUACGCCUACGUGCCCGUGCUGUACCUGGCGGCCUUCGUGGUGGGCCUGCUGGGCAACUCCUUCGUGGUGUGGCUGCUGGCGGGGCGGCGCGGCCCGCGGCGGCUCGUGGACACCUUCGUGCUGCACCUGGCCGCCGCCGACCUGGGCCUCGUGCUCACGCUGCCGCUGUGGGCGGUGGCGGCGGCGCGCGGCGGCCGCUGGCCCUUCGGCGAGGGCCUCUGCAAGCUCAGCGGCUUCGCGCUGGCCGGCACGCGCUGCGCAGGCGCGCUGCUGCUGGCGGGCCUGAGCGUGGACCGCUACCUGGCCGUGGUGAAGCUGCUCGAGGCGCGGCUGCUGCGCACCCCGCGCUGCGCGUUGGCCGCCUGCUGCGGCGUGUGGGCGGCGGCGCUCCUGGCCGGCCUGCCGUCCCUGGCCUACCGGCGGCUGCAGCCCCUCCCCGGCGGCCGGGGCAGCCAGUGCGGCGAGGAGCCCUCCGACGCCUUCCAGGUACUGAGCCUGCUGCUGCUGCUGCUCACCUGCGUGCUGCCUCUGGGCGUCAGCCUGGUCUGCUACUGCCUCAUCUCGCGCCGCCUGCGCCGGCCGCCGCGGCCGGGCCGGGCCCGCAGGAACUCGCUGCGCAUCAUCUUCGCCGUCGAGGGCGCGUUCGUGGGCUCCUGGCUGCCCUUCGGCGUCCUGCGGGCCGUCUUCCACCUGGCGCGUCUGGGGGCGCUGCCGCUGCCCUGCGGCCUGCUGCUGGCGCUGCGCUGGGGCCUCAGCAUCGCCACCUGCCUGGCCUUCGUCAACAGCUGCGCCAACCCGCUCAUCUACCUGCUGCUGGACCGCUCGUUCCGCGCCCGCGCCUGGCGCGAGGUCUGCGGGCGCUCUGAUCGCCCCGGGCGCAGGGGCAGCUCGGCGUCCUCGCUCUCCAGGGACGACAGCUCCGUGUUCCGGAGCCCGCCGGGCAGCUCGGAGAGAGCCCGAACGGCGAACGCUGGCCCGGCCCUGCUGUAGCUGUCCCCGGGCCCCGCGGAGGUGGCGGCCCGCGAGCCGGCGGGGGAGG